GAAAAACAAAACUAGAAAUCCCCCUAGUGGAGGAUAAAUUCUGUUUAGCAAUUGCUCCAAAAUGCAUUCAUUAUUGUAACACCUCAUCAAGUGUUUACUCAACACCACAUAUCAGAUUUAUGCCGAAUUGUUAUACGUGACUUUAAGACUGCAAAUUAUAUCAAGAUUCUACAUAUGUUGCUACAAAAAUUUAUCAAAAUGAAACUGGUAUUUACAUUGAGUUUUAUUUUGAUAAUUCUACAAAAUUGUGUUGCUCCACCUGUAACCAAGAACCAGGAAGAGAAAGAACAUGAAAAUGAAAUUAGUGAGGAUGACAAAGAGAAUAUUUUUAAAUAUCGAAGAUAUCUAACAGAGGUGGUUGAGAUGCUUGAAAGUGAUCCAGCUUUUCGAGAAAAUCUUCAAAAUGCCGCUGAAGAUGAUAUUAGAACAGGUAGAAUAGCGGAUAAAUUGGAUCUCGUCAACCAUCAUGUUAGGACUCAAUUGCAUGAAAUAAAAAGACGAGAAAUUGAAAGGUUAAGACAUCUUGCCACGAAAGAAUAUGAACUAACAAACAAUCUUGAUACGAAUUUUAAAUCAGAACAUUUACAACAUUUAGAUCAUUCAAAUCCACAUACAUUUGAAAUAGAUGAUUUAAAGAAACUGAUUUUAAAGGCAAGUAGUGAUUUAGCUGAAGCUGAUAAAAGGAGACGUGCUGAAUUCAAAGAAUAUGAAAUGCGAAAAAAAUUUGAAGAAGAACAAAAACUUAAGGGUAAUAACGGAUUAACUGAAGAAGAACGGAAAAAGUAUAUUCAAGAGCUCGAACAAAUGAAAGAAAAGCAUAAGAAACACGAACCUCUUCAUCAUCCUGGAAGCAAACAACAAUUAGAAGAAGUAUGGGAAAAACAAGAUCAUAUGGAAAGUCAAGAGUUUAAUCCAAAAACAUUCUUUUCUCUACAUGAUGUUGACAAUAAUGGCGUGUGGGAUCCAGAUGAAGUUAAAGCUUUAUUUUUGAAAGACUUGAAUAAAAUGUAUUCACCGGGAGCACCUGAAGAUGAUUUGCAUGAAAGAGAUGAAGAAAUGGAAAGAAUGCGAGAACAUGUAUUCAAGGAAUUUGAUUUAGACCAGAAUGGAUUAAUAAGCUUCCAUGAAUUUUUAACACGAACUAAAGAUCCUCAGUUCACCCAGGAUUCUGGUUGGAAGUCAAUAGAUGAGGAACAGAUUUAUACACAAGAAGAAUAUGAAGCCUUUGAAAGACAACGUCAGUUGGAACUUCAAAGACAAAUGCCACCCCACCCUAAUGAUCCUUCAAUGCAUCAACAGUACCCUUACCAACAAGUUCCGUAUGAUCCCCAUCAGCCACAACUUCAUCAAGCACAACCCGUCCCGGGUCAAGUAGCCCAACAACAUUAUCAACAAGUACCACCUCAGUAUAAUCAUCCUUCUGAUUAUAAUUAUCAGGGUCAGAUGGGUCAAUCAGUACACCAAGGAAUGCCACAUCCUCAACAGAAUUUCCAGCCUCCUCAACAACAUAUCCCACAACAAAAUUCCCAACAUCCUCAACAAAAUAUCCCUCAACAGCAGAACUUCCACCAUCCUCAACAGAAUCUUCCUCAUUCUCAGCAAAACGUUCAGCCACCUCAACACCAGAUUAACGUACAGCAGCCCACUGCUAACCAACAGCAAAAUACUCAACAAAUAAAUGUUCAAGGGGCUCAAGUAACAAACAACAAUAAUAAUCAACAACAACAAGCUCCACCUGUCCAUCAAGAAGACGUAAACAAAAUUGUUAAUAAUCAAGCUUUAAAUCAGCAGCAAACAGGGAAUCAAGUUAAUCAGAAUACUGCUCCUCGGUCAAAUCAAGUAUAAAGGAAGACGGGGUCUAGAGAAUUGACAUUGAAUUAAAUGAGACUGUGUGAUGUCUCUCUAUAUGAACGAAAGAUUGAAUCAAUUGUGUGAGCUUUAAAAAAUCAUUUACUGACCGUUUACAAUAUCAUAAAUAAUUCAUGACUAAUUAUUGAUAAUUUUUAGAAAUAUUAAGAGAUCAUUAUAUCAUAGUUGCAGUGUUUUAAUGUAAUUUAUAAUCAUCAAAACAAAAAAUCUUUGAGGAAUUAUCAAUAAAUUAUUGAACAAGACGUA